ACGCGGAAAGGUUCGUUGAAACCCUAGAUUCGUUCUCAGUUUUCGUGUUGGCUAAUGGCGAGCGCGGCACGGGGAGAGAGCAGCAAUCCAUACGGCGGCGGAUUGGGAACCGGAGGAAAGUUCCGGAAGCCGACGGCUCGUAGGACUCAGAAAACUCCGUAUGAUCGACCGCCGACUUCUGUGAGGAACUCUGGAAUUGGUGGCGGAGAUGUCAGAGGCGGCGGUUGGUUGUCGAAAUUGGUGGAUCCGGCGCAGAGGCUUAUUACUUAUAGUGCUCAUAGGCUCUUCGCGUCCGUUUUCCGGAAACGCCUCGGCUCAGGUGAGACGCCUGUACAGUCGCCGGAGCAGCAGAAGCAGAUUCCAGAAAGAGAUGUGAAUCAGGAGACGAAGGUAGGACACAAGGAGGACGUCUCUAAUCUGUCCAUGAAGAAUGGUUUGAUUCGGAUGGAAGAUACCAAUGCCUCUGUCGAUCCAACUAAGGAUGGAUUUACAGAUCUUGAGAAAAUCUUACAGGGGAAAACUUUUACAAGGUCUGAAGUUGAUCGAUUAACUACAUUGCUGCGUUCAAAAGCUGCUGAUUCAUCCACUAUGAAUGAGGAGCAGAGAAAUGAAGUGAGUAUUGUUGUGAGACAUCCACCAUCACAUGAGAGGGAUAGGACGCAUCAAGAUAAUGGAAGUAUGAACAUCCUUGUUUCAACACCUCCUGGAAGUUCGAGAGCUCUCGAUGAGUGCAUUGCUUCGCCAGCACAGCUUGCAAAAGCCUACAUGGGUAGCAGACCUUCAGAAGUUACUCCUUCUAUGUUGGGGUUGCGUGGUCAAGCGGGUAGGGAAGAUUCUGUUUUCCUGAACAGAACCCCUUUUCCGCAAAAGUCACCUACAAUGUCACUGGUAUCAAAGCCUUCUGGACAAAGACCUUUGGAAAAUGGUUAUGUUACCCCUAGAUCUCGGGGAAGAUCUGCUGUUUAUAGCAUGGCCAGAACACCAUACUCUAGGCCUCAGUCCACUGUGAAGAUUGGGUCUCUUUUUCAAGCAUCUCCAAGCACAUGGGAAGAAAGCUUGCCUUCUGGUUCUAGACAAGGGUUUCAAUCGGGUCUUAAACGCAGGAGCUCAGUCUUAGAUAAUGAUAUAGGAUCUGUGGGCCCUGUAAGGAGGAUUCGUCAAAAAUCUAACCUUUCAUCGCGAAGCUUGGCUCUGCCUGUUUCUGAGAGCCCACUUUCUGUCCGUGCCAAUGGUGGAGAAAAAACUACACAUACAUCUAAAGAUAGUGCAGAGGAUAUUCCUGGUUCAAGUUUUAACCUUGUUCCUACCAAGUCCAGUGAGAUGGCGUCAAAAAUAUUGCAGCAACUUGAUAAAAUUGUUGCAACGAGGGAGAAAUCACCAAGUAAGUUAUCACCAUCCAUGCUUCGGGGUCCUGCCCUCAAAAGCCUCCAGAAUGUGGAGGCGCCAAAGUUCUUGGAUAAUCUUCCUGAGAAGAAGGCAAAUUUGCCAGAUUCUAGUUAUCAAAAGCAGGAAAUAUCUAGAGAAAGUGUCUCCAGAGAGGUUUUAGCUCCGAGUGAGAAGACUGGUGGUGCUGUUGAUGGAACAAGCAAAAUAGGUUCCAGUAAAGAUCAGGAUACGCGUGGUAAAGGUGUUUAUUUGCCUCUCACUAAUUCUUUGGAAGAGCAUCCUCCAAAAAAGAGAGCAUUUCGAAUGAGUGCGCAUGAGGAUUUCUUGGAGUUGGAUGAUGAUCAUGGUGCAGCAUCUACUCCAUUUGAAGUGGUAGAAAAACAGAAUGCCUUCAAAGUAGAGAAAAAUCAUAUCAGCAUGCCUAAAGGGGAGAAACCACUUACUCCGUCAGAAGCCAUGCCCUCUACAUCAUAUAUUUCUAAUGGUGACGCCUCUCAGGGUACUUCUAAUGGGUCUCUGGAAACUGGAAGGAACAAGUUUGUUGCUUUCCCCAUUGAAGCUGUUCAGCAAAGUAAUAUGGCCUCUGAACCAACUUCAAAGUUCAUCCAAGGGACUGAGAAAUCGAGUAUUUCUUCUGUCAAGCCAACCACAGAAGAGAAAGGUAUCCCUCUGGAAGAGCCUAAAAAACCUGCUGCUGUAUUUCCCAAUAUUUCCUCAUCACCGGCUGCAACUGGCUUAGUAAAUCAAAACACUGCUGCAUCUGCAGACAUCAAGUUAGAAAAGACUAGCAGCACUGCUUUUGGAGUAUCUGAAGCUUGGGCAAAGCCAACUGAAUCAAGGAAAACUUUCAGCAACAAUGCUUCUGGAGUGGAGUCAACUACCUCAGCUGCAUCAACCCUCAAUGGUAGUAUAUUCUCAGCUGGAGCAAACACUGUCAAUCCACCUCCGAGUAAUGGCUCUCUUACUUCAAGCCCUUUCUUCCAACCUACUAUUUCAAAUAUACCUUCGGAUAAUUAUGUGGCUGAGGUGCCGUCCACUGUUCAAUCUCUUGCUGCUACUCACAAUUCCUCUAGUAUAUUUGGAAAGUUGCCUACCAGUAACGACAGCAACUCACAAUCAACUUCAGCACCUCCCCUCUCGUCUACAUCACCUUUCAAGUUUGGGGAAUCUGUAGCUCCAUUUUCUGUGCCAGCAGUAUCUUUAUCUAGCAGUCAGAUCUCAAAGGAGACUGAAGUUAAAAACGCCACAUUUGGAAAUACAAACACUUUCAAGUUUGGAGGUAUGGCUUCAGCAGACCCGAGCACUGGCAGCGUUUUUGGUGCUAAAUCUGCAGAAAAUAAAAGCACACCAGGUUUUGUGUUUGGGAGCUCAUCUCCUGCUGUGGCAGAUGCAGGUAAUAAUAUCUUCGGUGGGACAUCCUCUGUGGUUGGUGGGAGCACAUUAAACCCUUCUACUGCUGUAGCUUCUGCACCUGAGAGCUCUGGAAGUUUAAUAUUUGGUGUGACAUCUUCCUCAACCCCUGGGACAGAGACGAGCAAAUUUUCUGCGAGUUCUACAGCUACUAAUACUGGAAAUAGUAUAUUUGGUGCUUCCUCUCCCGCAUUUACAAGCUCUGGCAGUAGCAUGUUUGGUGGUGUAGCUGCAAGUACUGGAAGCAGUGUUUUUGGAUUCAAUGCUGCUUCAACAGCUUCUGCUGCUAGCUCUCAAUCUCAGGCCUCAAAUCUUUUUGGUGCUGGAAAUGCUCAGACGGGUAAUACUGGGAGCGGAACCACAACAUCAACUCAAAGCAUCCCCUUUCAGUUUGGUUCAUCUGCGUCAACUCCUUCAUUUGGUUUGUCUGGGAACUCUUCUCUUGCAUCAAACAGUUCUCCAUUUGGAUUUUCAAAGUCGGAACCUGCUGUAUUUACUUCUGGCUCAACUCCUCAAUUGAGUUCGACAAACUCCUCUGCAAGCUCUAGUGGUACAAUGAGCUCUCCCCUAUUUGGGACAAACUGGCAAGCUCCCAACUCUGCUCCAAACUCUGCUCCAGUCUUCAGUUCCUCGUUCACCACUUCUUCAACUCCUACCUUUUCCUUUGGAGGAACUUCUGCUGCUACUGCUUCGAGCACUCCAGCUCCCAUUUUUGGUGCAUCUACCAACACCCCGUCACCUUCGCCUAUCUUUGGUUUUGGCUCAACCGCUCCUACCACUCCCCAGCAGCCGGUAUUUGGUAACUCAGCGACUCCAUCACAGUCUCUGUUUGGUAACUCAAAUCCUGGGUUUGCAUUUGGUGCAGCUAAUAAUACAAAUGGUAUCAACAAUAACCAACAAGUGAGCAUGGAAGACAGUAUGGCAGAAGACACAGACCAAGCUAAUAAAGCAACCAUGGUAGCCCCAAUGUUUGGACAAGCAGCUGUCUCGAUGCCUCAACCAAACUUUGGCUUUGGUGGAGGAGGAGCCACCCCGCCACCAUCAAUGGCUAACCCGUUCCAGUUUGGAGGCCAACCGAUGGGAAGCACGCCACAGAACGCAUCACCUUUCCAGGCAUCACAGAGUCUAGAGUUCCAAGGAGGUGGGAGCUUUUCACUAGGCAGCACUGGAGGCGGGGAUAAGUCAGGCCGCAGAAUCUUCAAAGCAAAGAAAUCCAACAGGAAGAAAUAAGCAGCAGUGUGGAUGAUAAGAAAACACAUUGCUCAUGAAGAAGAGAGUCAAUUUAUCAGCCUUUUGGUCUUUUUGUUCGCUAUAUACUCCGGCAAACUUGGGGAUUCAGAGCAUAUCGUCUUUUAAUGAAAGAGGUAAAAGUAUCAGAAUGUAUUUCGUUUUAUGCUCUUGAUCGUCUCUGUCAUUUUAGUAUCAAGAGUCAGGAUUUUGGGGGUUAAAUUGUUCAGGGUUAUAAAGGUUUGUAGGAAAG